CAAACGCUCUUGAAAGUCCGAAUUAAAUUCCGGUAUGUAGACACGUGUAUUAGGCUAAAGCCAAGGAGACGAUUUCUACAAAAUGCCAAUAAAUUUGCGGGUGAUACCGGAAUGGACCGAUUUUGCGCCACGACUGGUGAAAGCGAUACAGCAGCGGGAGCAGCAGAGCGAUGGGUUCAACCAGACUGAUAAAGAAGAGACAUUACUCACAAAUGUCCAUCCAAAUAUCCAGUUCCACUAUUCAUGUGCUCCACUGCACCAUUUCCACUGCAUUACAUCAUACAGUGGAUGCGGUGCCAACGUGGUGCUGGGCUUCAAGUGGGGUCAAACCGAACUUGAUCAUCAGAUUGUGACAUGGGUCAACGAUGGCCAAGGCAACCUUCGUCUCCACUCCACCGUUCCCGUCUACGGCAGGUACAAGAUCGAGCUCAUGCUCUUCAUCCCCAGCCGGGGCAUGCUGGUGGGCUACUGCAACGACAUGUGGUUGCGCAUCCUGACCGACAAAACCCAGGAGAUGGUGGUGUUGUUCCAGUCCAAGUGUCCGUUCUUGGUGGCCAGCAUGCACUACUGUCCCGAGACCAGCAUUCUCCUCACAGGCAGCAUGGGCCUUAUCGCCUUAUGGGACUUGAACCCGUUCACACAGAGCCCCCUGAGCCUGCUGAGAACCCUGGACUGGACAAACUCGUCUCUCCGACGGGAUGCUGUCAUCACCGCCUUCGUGCCCCAAUGCCAGACCAACUCCUUCUACGCUCUCUGCCAUCGCCAAGUCAAGAGCUUUGAGAACACCGGUGUGAAGGAGCAGUUUGAGUUUCGGGGUCAGAGUGUCGCCACACUGCGUUGCGCCGUUACAGAGUGGCGGCAGAGGUACUUGUACACGGGUGAUGCGGAGGGCUACAUGCAGGUGUGGAGCUACGACACGCGCCGCCUCUUCCUGCAGUUCCGCGCCCACGCCGACGCCGUGACCUCCCUGGUGCUGCUGUCCGAGUCGGGGACCGUCCUCUCCUCCUCCACCGGCUGCUGGAUCAAGCAGUGGACGCGCUCCGGCGACCUUCUCCUCAAGCUGCACACGGACAUGACGGGAGGCGUGAGGAGCAUGUGGAAGCUGGGCAAGAACGUGGUCCUGUGCCAGUCGUCCAACUCCCUGGACGUGUGGCAUCUGAACAGCGUCUACAGGUCCUUCAACGACACGGCCUGCAGUGUGCGGGUGCUCCAGCGGCUGGACUGCGGAGUAGGGGGGAAGGCUCGCGUCCUGGCGGUUACCCAGGAGGGCAUCAUGCGGUUCUUCUCCCCGGUCUCCGGAGAGCUGCUGUUCCUGUCCUGGCCCUUCCUGCACAUCGACAAGGCUCUCGGUUUCGCCUACGACCCCGUUCGAGAGGAACUUUUCAUUUGCGAUGGAAGCGUGGACGUGCUUGUGCUCAACACCACCCUGAACCCUUGUCCUGUGAAGCACAUCAUAAACACGGUCAAGGACGGCUAUGACGGAGUGAUGUGUUUGGCAUCGGUGCUGCUCCGGAGGUUACAAGAUCAGGCUGGCUGUGGAAGCCCACUCUGUCUGGUCUUCAGCGGACACUGCAAUGGGAAACUGCAGCUCCUUGCACCGCUCGGCCUGACCUGUAGGCCUAAGCAAGCACACAUUGGAGCCAUUUGCCAGAUGACCAGCAGCGAUGCUGGCGAGACUCCUCUGAUUUGUUGUUUUGGCACAGACAAUGAGUUUACCCUUUGGUCAGUUAGCUUUGGUGAGCACCAUGUCAAUCUGAUUCCUCAUUAUCGGAUUACCUGCAAUUUUACCCCUGUCCAUUGCAAGGUACUGAAGGGAUUCAUUUGCGCCAUAUCGCCAGAGCAAAACUUGGUGCUUUAUUCUCUGAACGGGGAGAAGAAACCCACUGUGGUUGAGAGGAAAAAGUCUGAGAGGAUAUCGUGUCUCGACUACUGCCCUCAGCUAGACACCAUUGCCGUGUCAGGCGAUAGCGGGAAGGUGGAGAUCUGGAAUCCCCGCGGAGAUCUGGUGGCCGAGAUUCAGCUAGGCGUGCCGGUGACACAGGUGUGCUUCGGCAACACCCGUGGCGACAUCCUGGCUUCGUUCUCCGACAGCAUUAACAUCAUGUCCGUCACACACAUUCUGCCUCCCAGCUAUCUCAGGUCUGUGCUACGGCAGGCCCCGGCAGAUGAGAUCAUCGAAGUCCCCAUUCCUUUCGUUCCAAAGUCACCGUCACAUUAUGACAUCAGCCUGGUGGCAAAGAUGUAUUUGAAGCAUGAUGAGAAGGAGAGCCUCAAAGCUCUCCAACAGCAGUCUCAGAAGAUGAGCCAGGUGAACUGGAUGGAUUGGAAGUUUCAGGGGAAGCACUCACACGAGCAGAAACACUACAAGACACCUUCCUUUCUUUCUUCAGACCCAUAG